CAGUUCCCAUUAAACUGCCGCCGUGAACGGUUGAUAUUUUCUGGCCAUCGCGCACGCAAUAAGUCUCUAAUGCUCCGGGAAAAAAAUACACAAAACGAGAGCACCUGAGUAAUUGCUGGAUUUAUGUGUUAAGUGUUUGGAAGUGCAAAAAUAAACAGUUUUUUAAUGAAAAAUCAGUGAUAUUGUGCGCGGUUUUGCAGAAUUGUGGCUUGAGGAAUAUUAUGAUUUCGCUGAGAAGCAAACAUCCUAGUGCGAAUAUUCAUGAACGAUCAGUGAUUUAGUCAUACACAGAACCGUCAACCGAAUCAGGAGGUGUUGACACAAGGGUAAAAAUGUUCAGAAACAUAGAAUUUCAAGAGAUCGUCUACACAGUUAAGGAAAGGUGGCAAUUUGGAAAAACCCGACAGAAACUAUGCCUCUUGAAAGGGGUAAGUGGGGUAUUCCCACAGGGUCAGCUUACGGGUAUUAUGGGACCAUCAGGUGCUGGAAAAAGCAGUUUGCUGAAUGCUAUUUCAGGUUUUAGAAGCGACGGCGUUAAAGGUGCUAUUAAGGUAAACAGAAAAGAAUCGUGCUACAUCACCCAAGAUGAUCUGCACCAGCCACUCUUGACUGUGGAGGAGAUAAUGAAUGUCGCGUGUGAGCUUAAGAUAAAGAAUCCCGUGAAUAAACGUAGCCUGAUCGAUGACAUUCUCAAUAGCUUGAAUUUGAGUGCAAAACGUGCGAAUACCGCGAAACAACUCAGUGGUGGUGAGAAACGUAGGCUAUCCAUUGCCCUUGAACUUGUGGCGAAUCCCUCGGUACUUUUUCUGGAUGAACCAACGAGUGGCUUGGAUGAAGUCACGGCCGCUCAGUGCGUGAGACUCCUGCGUGAUCUGACAAAACAGGGCAGAACCAUCGUCUGCACCAUUCAUCAGCCUUCAGGAGCAGUCUUAAGGCUCUUUGAUCAAAUUUAUGUCCUAGCCAAAGGACAAUGCGUCUAUCAAGGGGCUCCUCAAUCAAUUGUCCCCUUUAUGGCAUCGCGUGGCUACGAAUGUCCCAAACACUACAAUCCAUCCGACUUCAUCAUUGAACUCUGUGAUGCCGAAAACGAUGUGAUCAGCAAUCUCUCCGAGGCCAUUAACAAUGGAAAGUCCGUAAUUGUGCCCACGGACAAAGACACAACAAGUGGAUUUGUGCUAAAGAAUGCUGUUAUGUCCAUGCUCUUGGACACAGCGUCACCUCCAAAAUCCUCCAUCCUGGAGAAGAUGAAGGCCCUAAAACGCUUCAUGCACAGUGAUUACGCUCACUCGAGUUUCAAACAGUUUCUGGUCCUCACACGGAUGAUGCAGACAAAGAUCUAUAGAAAUAGGAUAGCACUGGGCAUUCAGCUGUUUCACCACAUAAUCUGUGGAUCAAUGCUGGGACUGAUCUUCUUUAACUCAGCCAAUGAUGGGGAGCGAAUGUUUGACCACCUCAAAUUUAGUAUUGCAAUUGUGUUCUUUCUCUCUUACACACAAAUCAUCAUUCCAGUUCUCAGCUAUCCGCUCGAAGUGAAGCUGGUAAAAAAGGAAUGCUUCAACCGUUGGUAUGGACUGACGCCCUAUUACUUGGCACUCACCUUUUCCCGCAUUCCUCUGCAAAUUUUCUUCAACAUUCUCUUCCUGUCCUUGGUAUAUUGGCUUCCGGGCCUUCCCAUGCAACUCUGGCGCUUUGGUCUGUUUUCUUUCGUGGGCGUGAUAAUUUCUCUGGUUGCUGAAGGUCUAGGACUCACAAUUGGUUCAACAUUUAGCAUCACUAAUGGAUGCGCCACUGGACCCAUGAUCUUAGCCCCAAUGCUCGGCCUUGCCAUCUACGGCUUUGACUUUGCGGCUGAAAUUCCGCUGCAAAUGUACGCUCUCAUGAAACUCUCCUUCCUGAGGAUUGGCGUUGUAUCAAUAGUCCUGAUAACUUUUGGGUACAAUCGCGAACAACUCGACUGCAACUACAUCUAUUGCCACUUUGAUGAUCCCAAGGUGCUCCUGAGGUACCUGAGGAUCGAGGAAGUGUCGCUGUGGCAUGAAUUACUCUUCCUUUUUGCUCUCAUGCUUGUCUUUCGUGUUUUGCUCUACUUCAGUUUGCGCAAAAGACUCAAGUAAAAGACAAUUUUUUCUUCCAAAAUGGUGAUAUUUGUUAAACAAUUUAAGCUAUUGAAACUCCCUUAAAUUUAUUUUUUAUACUAUUAAAUUUUUUUGUAGUAGAUUGCGGUGACAAAGAGGGAUUUUUAAAGUGGACAAAAAGACAAUAAAUUUUUUUUAGCAAGAAAA